UUGAUCUCAAGUACGUGGUGGGAAUGUUCCGGCGCUUCUUUGCGCAGGAGGGUCUCAGCCGAGUUCUGCGUGCCAUCACGCAGCAGAAGACGGCUACUGCCAAGGUGGACAUGCCGGCUUCCGAUUUGAAGUUCCUCUUCGAUGUUUUGGAUGAGGAUGACGAUGGCACUCUUUCCAUCAAGGAGAUGGUUCAGCACGGAGCCCUUGAGGUGCAUGAAGCUUUGUACCUCUCGGAACGCUUGGACAAGGGCCAGGAUGGCGAGAUCAGCCUGGCAGAGCUGAUGAGCUUAGUCACUGGGCAUGUUGGCAGCGAGUUCGUGGACUCCAUGAAGGGCCUUUUUGCCGCCAAGCGCUGA